AUGAAGGUUCUCGUAGUCUUGGCUCUGGCUUUUGCCUCCGUGUCCGCUGGACUCGUGCCUCAAGUUGUGCCUGUGCCUCCCCGUAACAGGAUCUCGACCCCUUCUAUUACUGGUCGUAUUACCAAUGGCAAGAACGCGGUGGAGGAUCAGUUCCCCUACCAGGUGGGACUCAGCUUCAGAGGAUCGGGAGGCAGCUGGUGGUGCGGUGGUUCCAUCAUCGAUAAUUCCUGGGUGCUGACUGCGGCCCACUGCACCAGCGGGGCCUCCUCCGUGACGAUCUACUAUGGAGCUACUGUCCGUACAAGCCCGAAGCUAACCCAAACCGUGUCCAGCUCCAACUGGAUCCAGCAUGCCAGCUAUGUGUCGGCUACUCUUCGCAACGACAUAUCCCUGAUCAAGACCCCAUCCGUGACCUUUACUUCAUCCAUCAACAAGAUUGCAAUUCCGGCUAUCGCCAGCAGCUACUCCACUUAUGCCGGACAAGUCGCGGUCGCCUCCGGAUGGGGCCUUACCUCUGAUACCUCUUCUUCUGUUGCAAAGGAUCUGCAGUACGCUGAUCUUACUGUUAUCACCAAUUCCGUGUGCCAGGCCGCUUACGGCAGCGCGGUGGUCACUAGCCGAGUCAUUUGCGUGGACGGUGUCAACCGCACCUCUAUCUGCAGUGGUGAUUCCGGCGGUCCAUUGGCUUUGAACAAUGUUCUGAUCGGUGUUACCUCUUUCGGAUCCAUCGAUGGUUGCGAGGUCGGAGCUCCGGCUGGAUUCACUCGUGUCACCAGCUACUUGGACUGGAUCAAGACCAACUCCGGAAAAUCAUUCAUUGUACGAUCAACCAUCAAUAUGAAGGUCUUUGUAGUCUUGGUUCUGGCCAUUGCCUCCGCUUCCGCUGGGCUCCUGCCCCAGAUACCUCCAGUGCAUCCUCGUGAUAGGAUCACUACUCCUUCGAUUAAUGGUCGCAUUACCAAUGGAAAGAAUGCGGUGGCUGAUCAGUUCCCCUACCAGGUGGGACUUAGCUUCAUCGGAUCGCAAGGCAGCUGGUGGUGCGGUGGUUCUAUCAUCGACAACUCCUGGGUGCUAACCGCUGCCCACUGCACCAGCGGUGCCUCCUCCGUAACCAUCUACUACGGAGCGACUGUCCGUACUAGCCCCCAGUUCACCCAUACUGUGUCCAGCUCCAACUGGAUCCAGCAUGCCAACUAUUUGUCCCUGACUGUGCGCAACGAUAUCUCUCUGAUCAAGACCCCCUCCGUGGCCUUCUCGGCUUCUGUUAACAAGAUCGCCCUGCCCGCCAUAGCCAGCAGAUACUCCACCUAUGUUGGACAGACCGCCGUUGCCUCCGGAUGGGGCCUCACCUCUGACACCGCCUCCGCUGUAGCCAAGGAUCUACAGUACACUGAUCUGACUGUUAUUGAGAACUCUGUGUGCCAAAAGGCCUUCAGUAGCCUGAUUGUCACCAGCAGGGUCAUUUGUGUUGCCACUCCCAAGGGAACAUCAACCUGCCAGGGUGAUUCUGGUGGCCCACUUGCUCUGGACGGUACCCUCAUUGGUAUCACCUCCUUUGGAUCGCCCGAUGGCUGUGAGGUUGGCGAGCCAGCUGCCUUUACCCGCGUGACCAGCUACUUGGACUGGAUCAAGGACAACUCUGGAGUUUCUGCUUAGAGAACCAGUUGACCUGUUCUGAAACCUUUUCAAAAAUAAAACAAGCACAUUCCAAAA